AUGACCUCAGGAAAGAAUCAUGCGGCGAGCGGCGCCUCUGAGGAGUCGGCGGGCACCGGGGUGGUGUACCAGACGCCAUUCCCCAUCACGGGGCCGGAGGUGCAGCACGGCGGUCGCACGUACCGACUUGCAACGAAGCAGGAUUGUCUCGCCUUCCGCAGCCUCGCAGACUCGCUCGAUGGUUUUACACUGCAGUACAGCCAUCACAACGAUGUCAUCACUUGGAGUAAGAAAAUUCCCGGGGAACCGAUGCGAAUUAUCAAGGUGUUCGGCGUCUUUCCCGAUGUGCUGCCGGGAACCUUGUACGAUAUGCUGCAAGACGCCGUGUUUCGCGAAAUCUGGGAUGAUGUUCGUAUCGAAGCCUUCCGUAUUGUAAAACUUGACGAAAACAACGAUAUCGGGUACUAUGCGGCAAAGAGCCCAGUGCCAGGAGUCGCGAAUCGUGACUUUGUAAAUCAGCGUGCGUGGAUUAACGCUGGCAACGACGAAUAUGUCAUAUUCAACACAACUGUUCCCCAUCACGACGUGCCGACGGACUACCUGAAAAAAAAGAAGAUCAGCAACGAGAGUACUGUGCGUGCCGUGUCAAAGAUCACGGGAUACCUUAUACGUCCCUGGACUGACGGGAGUGGGAAGCGUGGCUCGUGCCUCACCUACAUCACACAAUGCGACCCCGCUGGUUGGAUCCCAGCAAUGGUGACGAACUUAAUCAGCACCAAAUUUGCCCCUACCACCAUCAAGAAUGUUAGGGUGGCUGCCGCACAGUUUGUGGAAUGGCUCCCAAAACAAAAGAAUUACGUCAAGGAUUGGCCGGAAACGGCAGAUCCGUACGAUGCGCCAGUAAAAGAUUUGACGAUUCAGUUUGCAAAGGAAAAGUGGGCAUCGGAUGCUAAAUCGGGGAAAUCGAAGAAGGAUAUGACGCUGAAGAGCUAA